AUUUUGAAUUUAGAUUUUAGAUGCAAGCAAAAUGAUAAAUGUUUAUAUUUUGUGACUAGUUUAUAGUGAUCUGUGAUUUUUUAACAAAGAUGCGGGAAACAUAAUUUUAUCAUUUUCUUAAAUUUCUUGAACCGUUUCAAUACAUAAAACUGAAUUUGAAAAGAUGGCAGAUGUAGACGAAAUAAUAGACUAUAUUAAAUCACUGAAGAAAGGUUUCGAUAAAGAAUUAUUUCAAAGCAAGGUAGACGAAUUGGGCUAUCUCGUUAGUACCAUAGGCUUAGACUACACGGACUUUCAUACUUUAUUUAAAGUAUGGCUAAACUUGAGUAUACCUAUACCAAAAUGGGUAGACCUUGGUGCUUGCAUAGUGCCACAAGAAAAAGUCAAACAAAAAACAGUGGAAUACUCUUUACAAUGGAUCCUUGCAAAUUUUGACACUACAAAUAACACAACAAAAACUGGGUUUUUGCUUGAUUGGCUUACAGCUGCUAUGGACACUGAUUCUAUUGACAUGACUGCUUUGGACAUAGGAUAUGAAGUGUUUUACACAUUGCUGACAUACGAAGCACUGACACCUUAUGUUAUGAAGCUUUUAUACACCUUGACAAAACCAGCUGAUGUUACUAGGAAAAGAGUUCUGGAAUUAAUAGAUUUAGCCAAAAAAAGGGAGGGUAAAAAGAAUAUGUUUAGGCAGAUCCAAGUCCUCCUUGGUCUGUUCAAAUCGUACAAACCGCAGUGUGUGCCUGAGGCGGUGCCCUCAAUAUCUAUACACACAGCGUUUAGAAACAUUAAUGUUCAAUUACUUACACAGUUCAAAAAUAGUCAGAGCAAAAGAAACAGUAUAAGCAAAGAGACAGCACAUCUUUUUUGGAGUAAUCCCUUUAAUUCGAUAUCUCAAAAGAAGAAGGCUGACCCACUGAUACCCAGUAUGGAAUUUGUAAAUAUUGGGUCGCAACAAUAUGAAGAUUCCUUAAAGAAGAAUUAUUUAGAUUUCUCUGAUCCGGUAUCGCUGCUGCAGUACAGCAGCCGCCACGACACGCGGCGGCCGGCGCGCCUGCGUGCACUGCUGUGCAACCCCACCGGCCUGGCGCUGCUGGUCGCCGCCUCCGACUCCGAGCACGCCUUCCUCUCCUACGACCUGCAUCGCGUUCUCAAUCAUUGUUUUCUAGAACAUUCGCCGUAUAGCUACGCGGAGAAGCAACACUUCUUGCACCGCCUCGCGACCUGCCAAGCCACCCUGUUGCAAGGGCUGCCCGUGGUCACCCUGUUCUUGGCACGUUAUCUACCGUUUUGGAAUGAGAAGGACUUCUUUGCUGAGAUUCUUCAGCUCAUGGAAUGGGUGAACGCGGAAGGCGCAGAGCACGUGAAGGCGAUAGUGAGCGCCGCGGCGCGCGCCUACCACCGCGCGGCGCCGCUGCCGCAGCGCGCGCUGUUGGCCAGCCUCACCCGCAUGUACACCAACCUUGUAUACGCAAGUACGCGGGAACGGCAUUAUUUCCUUAGCAUGCGUCCCUCAGAGGCCGCCUUCGCGAAUACAUUGGCAUUGGUCGCGUCUCGUAUAAGCGAUAUGUGUAACAAAGGACUGCAAGCUUCUCCUGAGAGCAUGUGCGUGAUGUACAGCGUGGUGCGCGCGAGCGUGGCAAUGGCGUGCGUGGAGGCGCGCUGCGGGCGCGCGGUGGGUGCCGUGCCGCGCGCGCUGACGCUCGCGCUGCCGCUGCUGGCGCCGUCGGCAGCCGCGCUCGACAGCCUCGCUGCACUCUUGCUGCUGUACAAGAAAAUAUUCUCUGGUGCAAAAAUGAGGGCUGAUCGUAAAGAUGUGCAGUGCCUUCAGCAGAAGCAGAUUUUACAACGAUUCUCGAUAGAUUUCAUCAGCUGUUUCUACGAGCAGAUCCUCAGCGAGCGCAAGAGGGGCUAUAUCUUCAGCAAACUGCACCCGCAGAUCCUCGGCAAACUCACAGAUUUAAUACCCGAUGCGGAUUCCAAGUUCAGUAUACGGAACCAUUUGGCAUUCGCGCCUUACACUUAUGUAAAAGUACUAGGACUAGAUUCUAGAGAAGCGGAGAAUAAGAUGUGGUUCAACACGGUUAUACAGGAGGAGUUCGACAGUUUGAGCCAGUUCGUGACGCGAGCGAUGCCAGAGUUUCAAGCAACGUAAUGUAAUAACUAUGUAGUCUAGUUUGAGUCUCGCGAUAUAAACUCCCGCUUUAUGUGGAUUAGGCCAGGAUUUUAUAUUUUUGUACCUAUAAAUUAAGUAAUAAUCUCUAAUGUUAUAUACUAGUUAUGCCUAUCUUAAUGAAUGGCAUUUGAAUUAAAAUAUUUUUUUAUA